AUGGACCCGCUUCACCCUUCCAAAACAUUUCGCGUUGAUGAUUCUAUAUCUCUCACACUCAACAAGACAUCGCUCAAAAUAACGGUGCCUGGGCCCAGGAAUAUAGAUUUCUACUCUAUCUUGAACGCCUAUAUCUCUGCAGAUGGUCUCACGAUAACCUACCUCGACGAAGAAAGCGGUACUUCAGAUUCAACCGCACCAAUAAACGCGCUGCAAUAUCCAAUCAGUGCAGAGCAAAAAGAGCAAGCCACAGCCUGGACAGAAAAUCUCUUGACGCACGCAUACGGUCAAGCGCAGCGAAGCAAGAGGCUUAAGGUUCUCGUCAAUCCAUUCUGUGGCUCGGCAUUGGAAAAAGUCCGCAAAUUCGCCGCGCCGAUAUUUGGCGCCGCCCACUGCGAAAUUGACGUCGAGGAGACCCGGUACAGGGGCCAUGCUGGCGAGAUAGCCGAAAAGAUUGCCCUCGAUUCAUAUGAUGCCAUUGUAUGUUGCUCCGGAGACGGUCUGCCAUAUGAGGUAUUCAAUGGACUGGCAAGACGAUCGGAUGCUGUCGAGGCAUUGUCGAAUAUGGCCGUAGCCAUGAUACCUUGCGGCUCGGGAAAUGCGAUGGCUUGGAACCUCUAUGGCACGGAUGAUCCUUCGCUGGCUGCUCUGGGAAUCGUGAAAGGGGUGGAGAUGCCGUUGGAUCUGGUUUCCAUUACGCAGGGAACGCAGCAUACGGUUUCAUUUCUCUCUCAAGCGCUGGGUGUGCUGGCCGAUUGUGAUUUGAAAACUGAGCAUCUACGGUGGAUGGGAGAUACUCGUUUCAUUUAUGGCGUUUUUGCUACUAUCGCCAAGAAUACAAAGGGACAAGAAGGAGAAGAAAAGGGGAAAACUGAGAAGAAGGACCCGACGAAAUCUCAAAACUUUCCCACCAGUCUUCCUCUCCAAUAUGGCACCGUCUUGGACGAUAUCCCCGAGGAUUGGGAGAUUAUGCCCCGAGAGAGACUAGCCAGCUUCUACACUGGCAACAUGAAGAUUGUCGCCAAGGAUACGAAUUUCUUCCCUGACGCGCUGCCGAACGACGGCUUCUUGGAUAUCAUGAUGAUAGACGAUACAAUUGGAUGGGCUGCCUCCCUCGAAGCAAUUAUAAAGCUUCCGCAGGGCAAAUGCAAUGCUCUCCGAGAUGUCGAAAUGAGAAAGGUUUCGGCCUAUCGGUUGACGCCCUGGAAACCUGAUGGAGAUAUCAGUGUUGAUGGUGAAAGGUAUCCAUUCGAAGCCUUUCAAGUAGAGGUUCAUCAAGGUUUGGGUCGAGUACUCUCGAAAUCUGGGGAUGAAUAUCAGGUAGUAGGUUGA